AUGGCAACGGAAGUUCCAAAGAGGAUGCGAGCGCUUAUUCACAACCAGGCACUCCAAACACUCAGCCUCAGCGACUCGUAUCCGGUCCCGACGGUCAGCCAGGAUGAAUAUCUGAUAAAAGUCGACUCUGUGGCUCUCACCAAUGGAGAGUUACUUUGGCCGCGUCCACCUGAGCUGAAUGAAAGUCAUCCUGGGGUCGAGAUGGCUGGCCAGGUUGUGAUUGCCCCUCCAAUGUCGAAUUUUCCUGCAGGAUCCAAAGUCUACAUGCGUACAACAUUCCCAAGACCUGGUUCCGCUCGAGAAUACACUCUCGGACACGAAAACGAGAUGGCUCUUCGCCCUGCUAACAUCACAGCUGAGCAGGCUGCCUGUGUCCCUGUUUCAGGACUCACGGCAUGGCAGGCAUUAUUCGUGCAUGGCGGAUGUUCUCCCCAGUUUGACGCGCCAUCACACCACCCACAGAAGUCAAUAAAGAAGGUUUUUGUGAACGGCUCUUCAGGUGGUGUCGGACUGUGGAUAACUCAACUCGCCCAUGCGGCCGGGUUUUGGGUGACGGGAUCGUGUAAUGCGCGUAAUGCAGCCCUUGUCCGAGAGUUUGGAGCCGACGAGAUAAUCGACUACACGACAACACCUAUUUCAGAGUGGAUCAAUAAUAACCCGGAGAGCAAGUUCGAUUUGGUUCUCGAUUGUGUUGGCGGUGACAGUCUGAACCAGGCCUGGCAUGCCGCGCGUGAGAACGGUCUCGUCCUCAGCAUUGCCCCACCGAGGGAUAUGGUUUGGAAGUUCACAUUGGAUCGACCUAAAGGCAUCAGUAACACCGUCGAGGGGAGAUUCUUUAUCAUGGAGCCGAACGGGAACCACCUUCACCGAAUCACUGAACUUAUCGAGGCUGGCAUGGCAAAACCACUUGUUGACAGCGUGUGGAAGAUCGAGGAUUAUCAAAAUGCUUUUGAUCGUCUCAGUAGUGGGCGGACUACUGGGAAGGUUGUAAUUCAAGUCAGGUAG